AAAAGAGAGGUAGAAAGUAAAAAACGAAAAAAAAAAUCAACCAAUCGACCAACAAUUAUUAGGAUUAAUUAUUAAAAAAUAAUUAAUAUACAUUGAGCACGAACGUUCUCUCUAAUUGAUACGAAGAAAUUUAGAAGAAAUUUUACGAGAUGUCUUCCUCCAUUCAACUAUUUUUCGAUGGCUCCUGGAUAACCUUGAUCUUGUCGUCCUGUUUACUACUGAUGAUACUAACAUUCGCGAUACAACGUGGACAAUUUAUUUACGCUGUUAGGAAUAUACCGCAGCCAAUAUCCUUGCCGCUCAUUGGGAAUGCCUAUCAAUUAAAUUCCACUUUGGAAGAAUUCUUUAACAAUCUGGUCAAAUGGAGUCAACGAUUCGGUGAUAUAUUUUUAGUUUGGGUCGGGAUACGUCCUUUCAUCUUUCUUUACAAAGUUGAAACUGUCCAGCCUUUACUAAGUAGCAGCGUUCAUAUUAAUAAAAGCUUUGAUUACAACUACCUAAAUCCAUGGCUUGGUAAUGGACUGAUCACCAGUAACGGCGAUGUUUGGUAUCAUAGUAGGAAGUUACUAACACCGACCUUUCACAGUGGCCUCCUUGAAGAAUAUUUCAAUAGCGCUACGAAUGAGGUUAAAAUUAUGAUCAGCUGUCUCGAAAAAGAGAUUGGCAAGAGCUUCGACAUCGUUCCAUAUGCAAAACGAGCUAUGCUAGACGUGAUUUGUGACAGUGCUAUGGGGUACCAUAUUAACGCACAAACUAACGUAUUCAAUGAAUACGUUUUGGCUGUGAAUAGAAUGUCACAAAUCAUGCAGUACAGAUUUACAAACGUUUGGACAUCAUUCAACUUGAUAUUCAGAUUAACAAAAUUAGGAAGAGAACACGAUCAUGCUCUUAAAGUAAUUCAUACUUUCGUUGAUAAGGUCAUCGCCGAAAGAAAACAAGAAUGGAUAAAUCAACAAAAUGACGAUUCUAAUAAAUCAAUAAAGAAACAUCGUGCUUUAUUAGAUUUGUUAUUAGAAAUAUCAAAAAAUGGUACGAUUUUGACCGAUACUAAUAUUCGCGAUGAGGUCAAUACGUUUAUGUUUGCUGGUCAUGAUACAACAGCUACCAGUAUAUCCUGGAUAUUGUACGCUUUGGGAAGACGACCCGAAUAUCAGGAACAAAUAUUAGACGAAUACGACGAGAUAGUCGGUGACAAAGAAAUAACGUUAGAAAUGUUAAACAAAUUAAAUCUAUUGGACGCUUGUAUUAAAGAAUCAUGGCGUCUCUAUCCAGUGGUUCCAUUAAUCGGUAGACAAAUUUAUAGUCCCAUUAAAAUACUGGGACAUAACAUUCCAGUUGGUUCGACGGUCCUAAUAAACUCUUAUUUGUUACAUCGAGACGUUCGCUAUUUUCCCGAACCAGACGUUUUUAAACCCGAAAGAUUUUUACCAAGUAGCCCUAAAUUACCGUCGUACACAUUUAUACCUUUCAGCGCGGGAUCACGCAAUUGUAUAGGUUGGAAAUUCGCGACAGUAGUUGUUAAAGUAUUCACCUUAUCGAUAUUAAAAUCUUACCAUAUUACAUCUUUAAUAAGCGAAGACAAACUUCGUCUUAUAUCCGAAUUAGUUCUUGUUAAUAAAGGUGGAAUACCAUUAAAAAUUACACCGAGAACGCGAUGAUUUCAAAUAUAAUUUUUUUUUUUUUUUUUUACCAUUAUCAAAAUGGACG